AUGUCGCAGCCAUCGUUAAAGAGUCCGUCGAGUCAGCAACCCGGCCACUUUUUCAAAGAGGUCCGGUUCUCACAUCCACUCGUUCCUGUACGCCGUGCUCGGUCUGUUGCGUCUGGCAACCCUUACCUUGACUCAGCAUACCAUGCCGCUCGUGUCGCCAAAAAGGCAUCGACAGAACCCACAUACAAAGAUUUUGCCGUCUAUAUCGAUCAAUCACAAUCGGUAUUGGAGAGCCAGCGAGUACACUUCGAACGCGAGCGUUUAUUAUUUGCAGAAGAACGCAAGCUAUGGGAAAUAGAACGAUCGUUGCUGAAGUCGAGGAUUGCGGAGCUGGAGAAGGCGGCGGGAGGAAAUAAUGCUCAGCCAUAUAUGAGUCAGUUUCGACCAAGUUUCAGUCUGAAAGGGGGCGGACCAAAUAAAAUGUUCAAUGCGGGUAGAGACGCUUCACCAGGACAACAUCAUGUCUGGGAGGGACCUUUGACAGGAUCACGGCGGCCAACCCGAGUUUUCCCUGGCGAGGACGAUUCUGACAUGAAUACGACACUGUAUUUGGCUCCAACCGAAGCGAAUGGGUUCGGGUUUUGUACCUCGCUUGACGCCGCGCUUUCGCCUCAAUUAUUUGAUCGAACGGGUCAUAUCAGCAUGCCGGUUCCUAUUGAAAAAGUUGACAGUGAACUUGAUGGGAUCACUUUGAAAUCGACGGCGCUUCCGCCAGAUGUAGUUGCCAAGGUUAUGACACCGCCAACUUCCAUCUCUCCAACCUCGUCCCCCCCGAAAGAUGAGCCUGAUACGUCUAAAUCCGCAUUAGAAGGGAAAUCACCUCUCAAAUUGAGCUUGUCUGAUCUUGGGCCGCUUGAUGUUCGUCUCACAAGAGACGCCGGCCACACACCGAUGGCUAUUCUUGGCACAGAGACCGAAGCCAGCUACCAAUCGCCGAAUGAAGUGACAUUACACCAGACAGAGAUGGAAGAGGAAGAGGCGCCAUUAGCGCCUGUAGUGACAAAACAACCAGUAGAAAGUGGAGAUUCUUACUUCCCUGUUAUUGUCGACGAAGAUCCCGCCUUGAAGGGACCUCUCACAUUAGAAAACGACGAAAACGCGGACAGCGCUUUUCUCUUGCAGCUGGAUCAGAAGCUCCUUGAUGAAGCCAAAAAGGCUAUUGGAGGGUCAUUCGCUCUAGACGAAGAAAAAGUGGAUUCGGAAGAUGAUACCGCUGGCGGCAAUAACGAUGAUGAACCAGAUCCCGAGUUGAAGUUGAAGCCUUCGACUAAUUUUGGGACUGCUUUUGGACAAUGCUGA